AUGGAAUGGCCCGCGACCGGUCCGUCAACGGCAUCAGGCACUCCAACGCCAUCCACCAAUGGGUCCCUAGUUGAACCUGCCAAGAUGAAGAUUGUCUACUUUGGCAAUGAGUUCCCCCAUGAUGAUCUCAAGGACCUCUUCCGACGGCUCCACUGCCACAGCAAAGACCGACAGCAUCCGGUACUGUCUCGGUUCAUUCACGAGACUACCCUGGCCAUCCGGGAGGAAGUCAGGUUGCUUCCCUCCCCGUUGAAAGGUCUGGUUCCCGCCUUUGAGUCAAUUUUCGACUUGGCAGACCAUGUGGAUCUCCGGAAGGGACCCCUUGGCGAGUCCAUCAAUGGAAUGCUUCUCUGCGCUGUCCAGCUGGCGGCCUUCAUUGGAUACUAUGAGAACAGCGCCGAGGAAACGUUUGACUACCACCAGGUGGAUGCUUCCCUUGCCGGGUUGGGCACAGGCCUCCUCUCGACGGUUGCUGUCUCUCUAUCUCCAACCCUAGCCGACAUGCCGGAAGUUGGUGCCGAGGUAAUCCGUGUCGCCUUCAGACUCGGAGUGCUGGUGGAUGGUGUCUCACAGAACCUUCAUCCGCGCCCAUCUGACGGCAGCCACGGCGACAGUUGGGCCUAUGUAGUCCAGGAUACUACCGUCGAUGAAGCGCAGACUGAGCUUGAUGUUUAUCAUGCAGCCGAGAAACGGCCGGAGCCUUGUAAAAUCUUCGUCAGCGCCAUUAGUCGCACUUCGGUGACAAUUAGUGGCCCGCCUUCACGACUGAAACAUCUUUUUCUGAUGUCCGACUUUUUCCGAGACCGCAAGUUUGCUCCCUUACCCGUCUAUGGGGGGUUGUGCCACGCGAAGCACAUCUACACCAAGAAACACGCCGAAGAAGUGAUCCAGAUCCCCUCUUUCGAAGUACUGGAUGCCAAGUUUACUGGACGUGUUCCCAUUUUCUCCACCAACACCGGAAGGCCGUUCCCCGGCAGGACUGCUAGCCAGCUGUUCGGCAACAUUCUCGAAGAGGUUCUCACCCAAUCGAUCAAGUGGGACAAUGUGAUUUCCGGCAUCGUUCACCGAGCCAAGGCGGCUACGGUUUCCGAGUGCAACGUGCUCAUGUUCCGCAAUUCUCUUCCGGUCCGUGACCUCGUUGAGGCGCUGAACCUCGAGGAGGCACAGUUCAAGACGAGGACCAAGGAUGUCAUACCGUGGAUUGCGAAUCCUGGAACGGUGCCGCGUGGGCCGAGGGGCAACCAACAGGCCAAGAUUGCCAUUGUCGGCAUGGCCUGCCGGAUGCCUGAUGGCGCCACCGACACGGAGAAGUUCUGGGACAUCCUCGACCAAGGCCUUGACGUCCACCGCAAGAUCCCUGCAGACCGGUUCGACGUCGAGACGCAUCACGACCCUACAGGCAAGCGUGUCAACACCAGUGUCACACCCUAUGGCUGCUUCAUCAACGAACCCGGCCUGUUCGAUGCGCCCUUCUUCAACAUGUCUCCCCGGGAGGCAUUGCAGACAGAUCCCAUGCAGAGGCUGGCCAUUGUGACCGCUUACGAGGCAUUGGAACGUGCUGGCUACGUUGCGAACCGCACACCUUCCACGGAUCUGCAUCGCAUCGGCACGUUCUACGCACAGGCAAGUGACGACUACCGAGAGGUCAACACGGCACAGGAGGUUGGCACCUACUUCAUCACCGGAGGGUGCCGUGCUUUCGGCCCGGGGCGGAUCAACUAUUUCUUCAAGUUUUCUGGCCCUAGCUACAGCAUCGAUACAGCGUGCUCCUCGAGUCUGGCAACGAUACACAUUGCAUGCAACUCGCUCUGGAAUGGCGACACAGAUAUGGCCGUGGCCGGCGGAAUGAACGUGUUGACCAACUCGGAUGCCUUCGCCGGGCUCGGCAGCGGGCACUUCCUCUCCAAGACGCCCAACGCAUGCAAGACCUGGGACUGCGAUGCUGACGGCUACUGCCGCGCGGAUGGUGUCGUCUCCGUUAUUAUGAAGAGGCUCGAAGACGCCGAGGCCGACAACGACAACAUCUUGGGGGUUAUCCUGGCAGCGGGCACGAAUCACUCAGCCGAGGCCAUUUCCAUCACGCAUCCUCACGCGGGACACCAAGCUGACCUCACCCGCAUGAUGAUGAAUCAAGCUGCCGUGGACCCCCUCGACGUUAGCUACGUGGAGAUGCACGGGACCGGCACGCAGGCGGGAGACUCGCAAGAAAUCCAGUCCGUCACAGAGGUGUUCGCCCCUAUUACCGGUACGAAACGCCGGAGCUCCAAGCAGCCACUGCAUAUCGGCGCAGUCAAAGCAAACGUGGGACAUGGUGAAGCCGUCGCUGGAUCUACAGCCCUUCUCAAAGUCCUACUCAUGUUUGAGAAGGAGGCCAUCCCGAAGCACGUUGGCAUCAAGACCGCCAUCAACCCUGGUUUCCCCAAGGACCUGGACAAGCGGAACCUACACAUCCCUUACGAGAAAACGCCCUGGCCGCGCAACUCCGAGAGGAAACGCAUCGCCGUGGUCAACAACUUCAGCGCGGCCGGCGGCAACACCAGCGUAGUGCUCGAAGAACCACCCCUGCGACCAGCCAGCGAGACCGCUGACCCACGCGCAACCCACGUCAUCACCGUCUCAGCCAAGAGCAAGGUCUCCCUCAAGGGCAACCUCGAGCGCAUGAUCGCCUACCUCGACACCCACCCCACUGUCUCACUCCCCUCCCUCGGCUACACGACCACCGCCCGGCGCUACCACCACAACCACCGGGUCGCCAUCGCCGCCUCCGACAUCCCCCACCUCAAGCGCCAGCUAACCACCUACCUCCAAGCCGCCGACACGCACAAACCCAUCCCGUCCACAGGCGCCCCGCCCGUGGUCUUCGCCUUCACAGGCCAAGGCGCCUCCCACCGCUCCAUGAACCUCUCCCUCUUCCACCACUCCCCCAUCUUCCGCGCCCAGAUCCUCCACCUCGACGCCCUCUGCCAAUCCCAGGGUUUUCCCUCCAUCAUCCCCGCCCUCGACGGCAGCCACCCGCAGGACUGUGCGCAUUCCCCCACCGUCACCCAGCUGGCGCUGGUGUGCGUGGAGAUGGCGCUGGUUAAGUACUGGGAGUCGCUGGGUGUGCGGCCGGACGUGGUGGUGGGGCAUAGUCUGGGUGAGUACGCCGCGCUGUAUGUGGCGGGUGUGCUGUCGGCGGCGGAUGCGCUGUUUUUGGUGGGUUCGAGGGCGAGGAUGUUGGAGAGUGGGUGUGAGGUGGGGAGUCAUAAGAUGUUGGCUGUGCGGGCGUCGUUGGCGGAGGUUAGUGCCAGUGCGGCGGGGAAGCCGUUUGAGGUGGCGUGUUUGAAUGGGCCGAAGGAUACGGUGCUGGGUGGGACGGUGGAGGAGAUUGAGGUGCUGGCCGGGGUGUUGGAGGCGGCGGGUUAUAAGUGCUUUCAUCUGGAUGUGGCGUUCGCGUUUCACUCGGCGCAGACGGACCCCGUGCUUGAGGAGCUGGAGGAGACGGCCCGCUCCGGUGCGGUGUUCCUCCCGCCGAGCUUGCCGGUCAUCUCGCCGCUGCUGGGCAAGGUGGUGUUUGACGAGAGCACCAUCAACGCCAACUACAUCCGGCGUGCCACGCGGGAGCCUGUCAACUUCCUGGCCGCUAUCGAGACGGCCAACCGCAUGCUGACGGUUGAUGAGACCAUGACGUGGAUCGAGAUCGGCCCGCACCCAGUCUGCAUGGGAUUUGCACGGUCCAUCAUGCCGUCCAUCAACGGGGCUGUCCCUUCCAUUCGCCGCGGCGAAGACAACUGGCACACCCUGUCCAACAGUCUGGCGGUCCUGCACGCUGCGGGUGUCCAAAUCAACUGGAGCGAAUUCCAUCGUUCCUUCGAAAGUGGCCUGCGGCUCUUGGAUUUGCCCACGUACGCCUGGAACGACAAAACACACUGGAUCCAGUACAACGGCGACUGGGCACUCACAAAAGGCAACACCUUCUACGACGAGGAGAAGAAGGCGCAGGCGACCGCCGCGAGCAAUCCCCUUGCUGCGUUGCACUCUGAGCUGCGAACCUCCUUGGUGCAUCGGGUGACUGAGGAGGUGUUCUCGGGAGCUGCCGGGAAGGUGGUCGUGCAGUCCGACAUGAUGCAGGCCGAUUUCUUGGCUGCGGCAUGGGGCCACAAGAUGAACAACGCCGGUGUUGUGACUUCGUCCAUCCACGCCGACAUUGCCUGGACCCUUGGCAAGUAUCUCAUUGACAAGCUCAAGCCCAAGAGCAAGGUGACCAUGGCCGACAUUAACAUCUCCAACCUUGUCGUCCGCGAGGGCUUGGUGGCACAGAACAACACCAACGUGCCUCAGCUCAUCCAAGUCUCCAUCGCAACGACCGACAUCGAGUCAGGGGUCGCUCAGCUGGAAUGGCACACUGUGACCAACGACGGCCGCUCCCUGGUCGACGAGGAGCCCAUCGUCACCGCCCAGGUCGUGUACAGGCACUCAGCAGACUGGUUGUCAAGCUGGUCGCCGCUGCAGCACCUCAUCCAGGGCCGCAUCGAGGCGCUGUCACGGCUAGCGGAUGAAGGGGUAGCCAACCGUUUCUCGCACAACAUGGCGUAUCUCCUCUUCGCGGCCAACCUGGUCGACUACGCGGACAAGUACCGCGGCAUGCAGUCAGUUGUUCUCAACGGGCUGGAAGCCUACGCCGAGGUCACCAUCAAGGAGGGCCACGCCGGCGGUGUCUGGACAGUCCCGCCCUUCUUCAUCGACAGCGUGUGCCACUUGGCAGGGUUCGUCAUGAACGUCUCCGACGCCAUCGACACGAAGAACAACUUCUGCGUCACGCCCGGCUGGGGCUCGCUGCGCAUCGCUCGCCCGCUCGUUGCCGGCGGCCGCUACCGUUCCUACGUCAAGAUGAUCCCGACGGCCGAGGACCCCGGCGUGUUCCUAGGCGACGUCUACAUCCUGCAAGGCGACGAGAUCAUCGGCGUCAUGCAGGCCAUGAAGUUCCGCCGCUACCCCCGCGUGCUGCUCAACCGUUUCUUCUCCGCCGUCGACGUCAAGAACCCAGCCUCCGGCGGCGCCCCCAUCCCCACCUCAACCAUCACCCCAGCACCGCCCAAGGCCGUCGCACCCACCCGCCUCCCCACCACCACCGUAUCACCAACUCCCAUCCAGCCCGACCCCAAGCCAGCCCCCGCAGCAACCCCCCCUCCCGCACCCGCAGCCCAAGCCCCCCAACCAACCACCAGCACCACCCCGGCGCCCGCCUCAGACGAGAGCGUCGCCGGCAAGGCGAUGGCGCUGGUGGCAGCCGAAGCGGCGCUGGACCCGGCGGACCUGCACGACGACGCCAGCUUUGCCAACCUGGGCGUGGACAGCCUGAUGAGCCUGGUGAUUGCGGAGAAGCUGCGGGACCAGCUGAACAUCACGGUGAAUGGGAGUUUGUUUCUGGAGUAUCCGACGGUGGGGGAUUUGAGGGCGUGGUUGGUGGAGUAUUAUAGUUAGGUACUGGUAGGGGGGGUUGAUGGUGGGGGUAAGGGGUUGGUGUUUCGUUUCUUCUUUUCUUUUUCUUUUGUGGUUCUCUUUUUGGAUAGGGAAAUUGGGAGAUUGUUGCGGUGGGGAGUGAGGAGGCGGGGUUCGUUGACUGUCUCUUCGGUUCAGCUUUGCCCGUGGAACUUUUGUCAUGUUCUGAGUUUUACACUGUAUUUAGAUUCCGUACUAUCUGUUCAGUUUAUUACCAUCCCGUUGCGCACUCCUAUUCCCCACUCUACCUUCGUGUGAUCCUGUGACUGCCAACCAUCUCCACGGUAUCGCCACGACGUUGCAUGCACGGACAAGGCAAUCUAGCUGUU